CCAAACCAAAAAAGCAACUCCAAUUCUUGAGCUUAUUCAUCGCCUUAAUCCAAAAUCCAGACGAAGAAAUGCUUCAAAUCAUGCCUAAAUCACUUGUCCUAAACUACAUGAUUCUGAUCGCGACACAGCUAAAGUGGGCAUGGGAUUACAUUCUUUACCAAUCUUUCUUUCAACCUCGUGCUGCAGGAAUCAUGUUACACGAACAUGUUGACAACUUCCGCGUCACUCACUACACAAAGGAUGCCAAGUCCGAGGAAUUAGAAGAAUGUGCUGUGUGUUUGUGCAGAAUCGAGGAAGGAGAUGAAGUUAGAGAAUUGAGGUGUGGCCAUUUGUUUCACAGGGUGUGCUUGGAUAGGUGGAUUGGAUACGGGCAUGUGACAUGUCCACUGUGCCGGAAUAACUUGAAGCCGCCUCCGUUCGCUGCCGAGCUCCACCAUGAGUUGGUAGUCAUCAACUUUUACACCGCCGCCACCAGGUCGAGGGAUGAUGGCUGCACAUGGUGGCUGCGUUGAUCGAUAUACUUUUGUGAUUUCUACCUUUUAACUUAUUCGUUGAUUUAUGAGUGUCUGGAGAUGAGGUUGUCUACUUCCUUUGCUUCACCUCAUCCAUUCUAUUUUUCCACCAAUAUUUUAGUCUACACAUAUAUAUGUAUGUAUGUGUACAUGCAUUCCAUUAUUGUGCAAGCAUUUUUUUUCUUCCCUCAAUUUAUAAACUUAAUAUUACUCAUUAUAAAUUAA